AUGCAACCACAAAGAAAAUCAUUCAUCGAUCGAGUCACACUUCAUCUCGAUUUGGAUUUCACAUCACAACGACAACACUCCAACUCGAUCACAUCCACCUCCGACUUGUUAAUUCGUCUUCUUUCCAACAAAUUCUUUCAUCAUUAUCAAAAAUCCUUUUCCAACAAUUUCGAUUUAAUUUCCACAUUAGGAACUCCCUCUCAAAUCGGAUCUGACAAUUUACAUUUUGCUCGUCCCACUGACGUCAAAUUAUCGUACAAGACUCGUUGCAUACUCGUCUGUGACAGUCACAAUCAAAGAAUUCAACUUUUUGACAUGGACACGAAAAGAUUCAAAGCAACCAUUCACACUCCUCAUAUUCCUCAAUAUUUAUGUAUCGAGUCCAAUAAUCAUUCCAAAUAUGGAAAGGCAAUUUCGCGACAACAUUCACAUACAUGUGAAUUUUUCAAAAAAGAUUUUGAUGAAGAUUCAGUGAUGGUCUCCUGUCUGGAUCAUUGUGUUUACAAAUUCAACAUUCGAAAAUGUAUCGAGUCCUUUCAAGAGAGUUCCAAAAAUUUAGUGAAAUACUUUUUGACCUCUUUGGUGGGAAUGCUCAUUCCUCCAUUGAAAAACACGACAGAAUAUGUUUGGAAGAGUGGAAUUACAGGAGAAUGCGGAAAUUCAUUGCAACAUUUUUCACGGCCAUCGUCCAUGGCUUUGGUCGAGAAAGGAAAAUUCUUGCAUGUCAAUUUUGCCUCAAAUCAAUCAGAACAACACGAUGAGGAAUUACAAGUGAAUUCUUCCAUUACUGUCGAUAGUAGGAGUAGUGAUAUCAGGCAUGUGAAGAAGGAGGAUCGAAAUUAUUCUGACAAUUUAUACCUCUUAUUGGUCUGUGAUUCCCUUAAUCAUCGAAUUAAGGUUUUAGAGGCACACACUGGACAAGCUCUUUUCUCAAUCACUCAUUAUCAAGAAUGGAUCCAAAAUGAACUUUCUAAACAAACGAAAUUUUUCACUCCAACUUUGAUUGUUGUUUCUCCUCAUUCUCAAGAUAUUCUCCUUGUGGAAAUGAUGAAAUCCAACAGCUCAAGAAUUGUCCUAUUGAGACAAGGUGAUUUUUCACAUCAUGGAAUGGCUCAUGUCGUGUGUUUUCAAAAAUCUGUCUCUAUUAAGGGUCUUUUGGGAGAUUUGGAUUUCUCUGGAUGCAUGUACGUGGCCGAUCGAAAUGGAAUUUCCAUUCGAAAUGUCCGAGGACAAUUAAAAUCCACUCCCUUCGAUGGACAUUGUGAAGUGUACAGUCCAUGUGGCAUGUGUUUGAAUGAACAGAAUGGAGAAUUAUAUGUGUUAAAUUACGUCGAUCAUACACUUCAAAUAUUCAAAUGGAAUAAAAUCAAUAACAGUUCAAGAGAGGAUGUGAAAUUUAAAUCAUUCGGAAAAACAUUCAAAGCCAAUCACUAG